AUGGUUGGCACCGGGGAGAGGCCAUUUUCAUGUUCUUAUUGCAGAAGAACUUUUAGAAGAGAGGGAAAUCUUAUCAAACACCAGCAAGUCCACAAAGGAGAGAAGUCAUUUCAAUGCUCUGAAUGCAGCAAAGUUUUUCCAUGGAAAGCAAAACUUAUCAAACACCAGAUGACUCACAUUGAAGAGAAGCCAUAUCAAUGUUCUGAGUGUGACAACGCUUUUAGACUGGAGAAGCAUCUUACCAUACACCUGAUGAGUCACACUGGAGAGAAGCCAUUUCAGUGUUCUGAAUCUUUUAAACAGAGGUAUCACCUUAUCAAGCAUGAGAGGGUCCACACUGGAGAGACUCCAUAUCAGUGUUCUGAGUGUAGCAAAGCUUUUCCAUUCAAGUCAUAUCUUAUCAGCCACCAGAUGACUCACACUGGAUUGAAGCCAUAUCAGUGUUCCAAAUGUGACAAAGCUUUUACAGUAAAGUCAACACUUAUUAUGCACCAGAGGAGUCACACUGGAGAGAAGCCAUACCAAUGUUCUAAAUGUGACAAAGCUUUUACAUCAAAGUCAUAUCUUAUCAUCCACCAGAUGAAUCACACUGGAGAGAGGCCAUAUCAGUGUUCUGAAUGUGACAAAGCUUUUACAGUGAAGGCAAAUCUUAUCAUACACAAUAUGAUUCACACUGGAGAGAAGCCAUAUGAAUGUUCUGAAUGUGACAAUGCUUUUAAAACCAAAAGAGAGCUUAUCAUGCAUCAGAGGGUUCACACUGGAGAGAAGAAAUAUAAUUGUUCUGAAUGUGACAAAGCUUUUGCACAGCAGAAAAACCUUAUCAUACACCAGAUUAUUCACACCGGAGAUAAGCCAUAUCAGUGUUUCAAAUGUAACAAAGCUUUUCAAGUUAAGCAAGAGCUUAUUCAACACCAGAUAAUUCACAUUGGAGAGAAGCUGUCUAAUCUUAUCAGCCACCAGAUGACUCACACUGGAGAGAAACUGUAUCAUUGUUCUGAAUGUGAUAAAGCUUUUGCAUCAAAGUCCAAUCUUAUCAGCCACAAAAUGACUCACACUGGAAAGAGGCCAUAUCUGUGUUCUGAAUGUGACAAAACUUUUGCAUGGAAGUCAAGCCUUUUCCUACACCAGAGGAUACACACUGGAGAGAAGCCGUAUCAGUGCUCUGAAUGCGAUAAAGCUUUUGCAUUAAAGUCAUAUCUUAUCACCCACCAGAUGACUCACACUGGAAAUAAGCCAUAUUAG